AUGAGUCAUCUCUUCAUAGGAUGCGAAUCUGUUGGAAGUGUCUGGGUUUUACUUUGUCACAGGCUUGGGUUUUCCUUUGUUCCUCCAGGUUCCAAUAAGGAUCAUUACUAUCAGUUUAUUCAUUUGGCGGGUUUGCCACGAUCUACUCACUUGUAUCUUAAGGUUAUUUGGCUUGCUUGUGUUUGGGCAAUAUGGAAGGUGCGAAACAACCGAGUUUUCACUGAUACGGUUAUUGAUCAUUUCCAUAUUGUUGAAAAAGUAAAGUUAAAUUCUUUCCUACGGCUAUCUUCGAACUUUGAGCCUAUUGCUUUUGAUUUUCACGAUCGGUGGAGACAUCCACUUUUUUGUAUGGGUGUCAUGUAA